UUGUGCUCUAAGGAAGAUGGCGACAACUUCUCGUUUUUUCGUUGAGUCUGAGGACGAAAGUAAAAGUGAAGAUGAGUGUGAUUUUGAACAAGAGGUUGAGAAUAAUAACCUUCGUUACCUUGCAGACCAACCUGACUGUAAGUUCUGUUAUAGUUCGGAUACUAAACGUGUGGUAAAGCCAACAAAAGAUAAACGUUUUGAGGAGAUGACCAACACCAUAAGGGUGCUGAAGGAUCAUGUGAUCACCAAUAAUUGGGUUUACGUGCCAGAAACGUUUGAGAAACUCAACAAACAGGUUGAGAAGGUCAUGAAGGUUACAAACACUGUGAAGCCUCCGAGAUUGUAUAUCGAAGCCCUUGUGAUGUUGGAAGAUUUCUCGAGUAACCAUGGUCUUGUUAGCUCCAAGGCUUUGAGCUCAAUUAAACAUAAGUUGAAGAAGAACAAUGCGCAGUACCAAGAAGAUAUCGAAAGAUUUAGGAUGUUUCAAGAAAGUGGGGAAGAUUACGAGUAUGAAGAGGAAGUGGAGGAGCCUGAUGAUAGUGUUUCUUGGGAGACGUUGUUUAGUUUAGAUCAUGAAGAGAUAACUUGGAACAUAGUCAAGAAGAAGUUCAAAGAAACUGUGGCUGCUCGUGGGAGCAAGAGAAGAAGUGCUGGACUUAAACUCAAAACUGGUGAGACUCUUGCACAGAGGCUUAUGUACUUGACAAAUAUCGCCAAGACUCCUGCGCAGAAACUUGAAAUCUUGUUUAGCGUUAUUUCAGCAGAGUUUGAUGCUAGUUCAGGUGGUCUCAACGGAUACAUGCCUAUCAAUGUAUGGAAGAAAUGUGUAGCUAACAUGCUUACCGUACUUGACAUUCUUGUCGCAUACGACAAUAUUGUUGUGGAUUACACGGUUGAACCUAAUGAGAAGGAAACUUCAAAGCCAGUAAACUAUGCUGGAACUAUUCGAGUCAGGGGAGAUUUGGUUGCAUUCUUAGAGAGGAUUGAGACAGAGUUUGUCAAGAGUUUGCAGUGCAUUGAUCCUCACACCAAUGAGUAUGUUAAGAGACUGAAGGAUGAGCCUAUGUUCUUGGUCCUUGCUCAAAACAUCCAAGACUACUUGGAGCGAGUAGGUGAUUACAAAGCUGCUUCAAAUGUAGCCUUAAUACGAGUUGAGUCAAUAUAUUACAAGCCCCAAGAAGUUUUUGAUGCUAUGAGGAACUUGGCUGAUGAGUUGGUGGAAGAAGAUGAUGAAAUUCAGGAGAACACAGAGGAAACUAGACCUCAUUCUUCUUUAUUCAUUGUUGUUCCGGAGAUUGUUCCCCGUAAGCCUACCUUUGCAGAGAGCAGCAGAGCUAUGAUGGAUACUCUUGUGUCCUUUAUCUACAAAUAUGGAGAAGAAAGAACCAAAGCCAGAGCAAUGCUAUGUGAUAUCUAUCAACAUGCUUUGAUGGAAAAUUUUGUGACUGCUAGAGACUUGUUGCUGAUGAGUCGUCUCCAAGACAACAUUCAAUACAUGGACAUCUCAACACAGAUUCUCUUUAACAGGACAAUGGCACAACUUGGUCUUUGCGCCUUCCGGGUUGGAAUGAUAACUGAGUCACAUAGCUGCCUCUCUGAGCUUUACUCUGUUCAUAGAGUUAGGGAGUUACUUGGCCAAGGUGUUUCACACAUUCGAGAACAGGACAAGACACCAGAGCAGAUGCUUAUGGAGAGGAGAAGACAAAUGCCUUACCACAUGCACAUAAACCUCGAGCUCUUGGAAGCUGUUCAUCUCACUUGUGCCAUGCUAAUUGAAGUCCCAAACAUGGCAGCAAACUCGGAUGGUGCCAACAGCAAAUUGAUUAGCAAGAAUAUUCAUCGCCUGCUCGAGAAAAGUGAGAAGCAAACGUUCACUGCACCACCUGAAACUAUACGUGACCAUGUCAUGGCAGCCACAAGAGCCCUGGCCAAAGGGAAAUUCCAAGAGGCGUUUGAAGUUUUGAACUCUCUUGAUGUCUGGAGACUGUUCAAGAACCGCGACAGCAUCUUGGAUAUGGUGAAAGCUAGGAUCAUUGAAGUGGCUCUAAGGACUUACCUAUUCACAUACUCGAGCUCCUGCUACAAAUCUUUAAGUCUUGAUGAGCUAGCCAAAAUGUUUGACAUCUCUGAGUCACAGGUCUAUAACAUUGUGAACAAGAUGAUGAUAAACGAUGAGCUUAAUGCUAGAUGGGACCAGCCAACUCAAUGCAUUGUCUUCCAUGAAGUGAAACAGAACAGAUUACAAUCAUUGGCUUGUCAGUUAACUGAUAAAGUCUUGAUUCUAACAGAAAGCAACGAAAGUGCCAUGGAAUCUAGAAUUGGUGGUGGUUGUCUGGAUAUGAGCUCAAGAAAAAGGGACAAGAUUCAGGACAGUGCAGCAGCAUAAUCAGAAAACAUAGGUAUGCAAAUGGAUGGCUCAAGCGGUAUGGAGAGUCUUAACCAAGGUGUUCCUGCGUAAAGAGGAUCAUGAGAGAGAUUUGCAGGCAGUGUUGACCUUAGGCUCUACUAAGACUUUUCAUUACGUUCGAUGAACUUCUUUUUGUUUUGUUUUCUGUGGUUGUUUAAGAAUUGCUUUAUUGGAAAGUCACAUCUUUUGAAUAGAAAAAAGAUUUCGUUUGUUUCA